CAGGAUCCCUCCUCAAAUUGUAUACACAUAAGCGUAUAAGCUUGUUUUCUUACGAAGACGAGGGAGAGACUGUUCGGAUUGACGGAGUACCCUAUCAACUAAUAUAAGAUAGGACCUCUAGUCAACACUCAAAUCAGACAUGGGAAAUGUGUUAGGUAUGGAUGGAGUAAGGAUGGUUGCCGUUUUGUUUAUGAUGAUGUGUUUAGUAGUCAAUGGACAGACUACUUCUUCCUCACCUUGUAGCAUAUCUGCUGAUAAGAACAGUGAGGAUUUGGAGCAAGCACUCGAGCUUGGAUACCAUAUGCUGUUCAUGAUAUUUUCCUUCAGCAAUGUUAGUCGAACAAUCCCUAUUUCUGUGGAUACCCCUCAGCCCUUUACUUGGGUCCAUGUGUCAGGAAACCACGGGAAGGGUCUUAUUUGGCUCAGACAGAACUUUGAGGUGUUAUCUUUGACGAGUCUGAGAUACGGCGUUCAUGAUUUAGACAUAAACCUGUCUGACAAUCCAGAAGGAUGUCUAAGUACGAAACCAGCAUCAGAUAUUGCGAAUGAUGUGCGAGAUUUCAUUCUUAACAAUUUUGCUGAUCCCGUUACAAAUAUCACCUGGAUUGGAAAAGAAGUAUGCAACGCUAGAUUCAGGGAACACGAAACUGGCACUGAAGUGUAUUUUGUGUGUUGCAAAAAGGAUGAUUUAUUCAAAACCACCUGCUAUGAGCUAAAACGUAACAAAUGGAUGAACAUAUUCUUUCUGUGCAUUCUGGUGUUACCGUUGAUUGCACUUAUGUUUGCGCCGUUGAUGAUACCGUUCGAUCUAUUCCGGGAUAAUGGAAACGACAUAUUCUUCCAGCAUAAAGUUGACUCUGAACUUAAUAUCCAUAUUACAAAGCGUUCGAAGGAGCAACAUGUGGAAAGAUCCAAGUUAGAAAUAAAUGAAAAGUAUUUUAAGGACAUGCCAAGAUUCUGUGAAACGCUAGCUACUCUUGAUGAUAAUCAACGGUACGACUGCACUCUGGAGAAAAUUCACUUCUAUGUUGAAAGAGAGAACUUAAUCGGAAAAGACGUCGAUCCAUUCGGACCUUUUACAAUGCUUUACGAUAUGCUUGCUCGGUACGAACUACGGCGACGUGGAUUCAGCGAGGGAAAUUCGUGUCGGGAGUAUGUUCGUAUACUUUCCGGAAAGAUUUUGAAUACUGGGUAUUUGUUACUGAUCAUCAUAUUAGUGAACAUUCCUGUCAUUGCUAGAUUAGCGUUUUUCUUUACUUAUACUUAUCCCGAUUGGUUUGUUGUUAACAGUCUGGAAAGCCUAAACCUAAAUUCUAACCUUAUACAAUACAGUAGUUUCGGAGUCAGAAUUAUUCCACGCUUGGAGCUGUAUCUUAUAUACCUCGUUCUAAUUGGUCUAUUUGUACUCGUGCAAUUUUUCAAGAUUCGGGGGACACGCAGAGUAGAUGUUGUAAUUGAAAUUCUGAAACAGUGCCUGCGGGAUUCUCGUAAAAGGCGAAUCAAAUUAGCGUUUCAGACGAUAUAUAAAGCGUGCCGUUCCGUCGUCAACCAGAGCAGUAUUAAAGGAUGGCUACUUGCUUUUGUGUAUUUCGUACUGUUUCUACCUUUUGUGGUUUUUAGCUUUGUCUUCUAUCUGUUGCCAACAGUUAAUCUGGUGUGCUCUAUUCCCAGCUACCUAUUCACUUAUGUCCUUUCUAACAAUUGCGGAUGUCUAUCGAGAAGCCGAUGUGUACGAGCGAUAGCUAAAUACUUAUCAGAUGGGCUAGGGCUCAAUCCAAUUUUUCUAAACCAGACCGAUGGUGGAGAUCCAGAAGACGAUGAUAAUGAUGACGAUAGUAACAAGUUGUGUUCACCAGCCGACAUGCUUAUCAUACUAAUUCUGGUCUGUACCUUGCCUUUUGUAAUAUUUGUUGUACUGGAUUGUAUAUCGUUUUAUAUCGAUAUAUUUAUUUAUGUCCUGAUCGGUCUGCUCCUGAAUGCUUCAUUUACAACGAAAUACGUGAUUUUAUCGCUCAUGUUGGCUUUUUAUAUCCGUGAUUUAUUUGAAGGUGUGACCAAAAGCUACAUCAAAUUCAAUAACACCAUUAUUACCGAAGCGAUGAAGAAAACAAGAGGAGAUAUCCUCAAAGUGUCUCUUCUAAAUGAAAAUCUUCAGAAAAAUACAGUAUUUCAGUUGAUUGACGAGACACCUCUCGGGGAACCUGAUGCACAACAAGAAAGCGUCUCGCCAAGUGGCAACUUCAAGCUGACAUACGAGGAAGGCAACCUGUCGUGGAAAACCAAACGGUUGAUGUUCUUUCUUGACAGAAAAGAUACAUCAUAUAUACCGAGGAAGUUUUUCUCAGAAGCAUGUGUCAUGGACUGCGUUGGCAUACCGGGGCCACUCGAUCAGAACCUUAUUGAUGUUAUCAACAAUAUUCUACGGAUCUUUAGCUUCUUAUUCUUCAUUAUGCUUAUUGCCCUGGCUUUCAGCGAAGAGUCUGGAUCUCUGGGCACUAAUCAAACACUUGCAGCCAUAGCUGGAGGCUUGGUUCCCUGGUUAUUUAGGAAGUAUUUGCAGGCUCCCGAGGAUGCCGGUGUUGACAUAGAAAAUCUUCAUUUCCGUGAGGUUUUUAACGAUCUCAUCAGAAAAUACAAAGAGUCAUGGACUGUAGCCGAUAUUGAAAUAGCAAACGUUCAGGUGUCGGCCGACCAACCAGUCACUGUAACGGAUAUAGAAGGCGGUGAAAUUCGGGACCAGUCGGGGGAAAAGCUGUUAAAGGCAGAAAGUUUUAGCUCUCUCUCGGAGACCGUUGAACCAGAAUCUGUAGCGAAGGACGAAGUGCCAGGUGAAAGUAGCGCUAAAAAGGAAAAGAAUGCAUAUGAGCCUGAAACUAAAACUACUCGACAGAACUCACAAUCUGAUAACCAGGAUCAUUUAAUUGUGCUUGUCAACAGGAAUUCAUCGCGAUCUCUAGUAGUUUAGAUUGGAACGAACACCACGUUUGUUUCCCAUGAUAUUAAAAUAGAGAUAUCGACAUUUACUAUUCCGUGCUAGAUUGCAUUGCGCCAUUCGGCGAUUACAACUAAUAAGACAGACAGCUGAAAGACCUUGUGAAAUCGCGAAACGGAAACGUUACAUAUGUAUUGUAAUGUUUAAAAUCAAUUAACAGCAUACUACAGAAUGCCUUUGUAAGUAUAACAAAUCAGUUUUAAGCUCGCUUUCCAUGUACCUUUAGGCAAUUUAAAAAGUAGUUUUAAUUUAAUCAAUUGCCUCCCUGUUGGUGAUACAUACCAAUUUAUCUCAUUUGAUGGAUACUUCCGCUAUGAUAAGUCUUCAUCGAGAUCAAACACGAUAUUUACAUGUUGCAAUCACUCAUCGAAACAUUGAUUAUGUCUUUUUUGUCUUAUCUCUAAUCAUGUAAUAUUGAAAAAAAGUAAUUUGGGUCAUUUUCCUUUUCCGCUGAUGGGCGUAGCCAGUCAAGGCUUUGUUGUCAUGUCAGGAAAAAAUGGGUUUGUGUAAAAGAUAACUGGAAAAAUAGGGGUGGAUUUUUCAUCCUUGUUUUGUCGCAAGGGGUUUGCUUUUGAGAUUUGGGGUGAUUAACGGUUGAUUUUUCAACAAUUUAUUCUGAAAUUCGUGAUCCUAAACAUGCUUAAAAUAUAGCAUCCUCUAAAAUGAUCCCUUAUGACAGUUAAAGGGUCUCUGGCGAAUGCGCGUGCGAGCCCGAAUACUGCACUACAUUUCUCCUUUUAAAGCUGGUGAAAAUUAACAGGAAUAUGGCAAUUUGCCACUUGUCUUUACGUUAGAUUUUUAUAAUGCAUUUGCCUUCAGAUCACAAUUUCAAACCUCUGAAUUUCAUCAAUGAAACAGAAAUUUCAAACAUUAAAGUUUUCUAUUACAUUUUAUUGUAAUUGCUCGUUUGGUAUUGUCAUGUAUUUUUGUAGAUCUGUGUUUAAAGUAUUUCUGACCAGAUGUCUUUUUACCUUUUUUUUUAUCAUAAAUAUUAUGAGAUAUGGAAUAUACGUCAGCUGUAUUUUCUAAAAGCCUUUUUUGUUUUGUUUAAACAUAUAUUUUGUAAAUAUGUUUUCCUUUUUAUAUUAUAUCUUUUUAUACUCUUUGAUAUUGAAGUGUUCAUAAAGCAGAGAAACACCUUGACGGAAGCAAUGUGUUUUGAUAAUUACUUUAUAAUAAAAUAUAAUGGUUACAUUUUUGUGCAAUUUUUGAUCUUCCAUGAACACCUCACAGACUGCUGUAUCCGGUUUUCAAAUGAACACUACAUUUUCCCUUCCGUUACUUGGUGUGCUUAUUGAAUUUGAAUUGUAAAUAUCUAUUAUGCAGCGGUUUACCUGCGAUGUAUGCCCAAGGAAUUGAGUUCUUAGAAGAACGUCACUAUCUGUAUGUGCCUUGUUAUGAUUGUCUCUAUAAUAUUGAACUAGAGAACGCCUCUCCUUCUGAAUCAACGCAAACAUAUAUAUCGAUGCUUACACUACUUAUAAAGAGGACGGAAUCCGUUAUUGUAACAAAUAAAUUUCAAUAUCUAGAGUCUAAUAUAUAUAGGAUCUUACAUGAGUUUCCAUUUCAUAUGAGAUUUAUGAAACGAGUCAAAAGUUUUUCUAAAAUGAAAAAUUCGUGACAAGUUUCAUAGUAUCAUAGGAAAUGAAAUCGAGUGUAAAAUCCUUUUUAUCUCAUAAUCAAGAUUUGUGGCAUUUAUUAGUGUAACACGACAAUUUUCAUGCCACUUUGAAAUGUAAAAAGCCGCCAUUUUGACUCCAGUGCAUAAGUCUGUGACGUAAUGUACUUGUCCUAGGCGUGACGUCACGAUUGAAACAAUUAACACUUACAACCAAUCACAGGGCUGAUAGGUCAUAUUACAUGGGUUGAUAAACAAAACCCCCCACAACAUUGGUACAUUCACUGGAUAUUACAGUAUAUAAUGGAAUAAAUAUAGAUAAAAAGAAACAAAUCACCCGGUGAAAGAUAUUUUAUAUCUCAUUUAAACUACAUUAUGAUUGACUCUUUACCUUCCACCUCCUACCGGAACGUUGGAAACCACUACAGUAACAAUGCAAGUGAACACCUAGUCUCACAAUAUUUCUGUUCAGCGUAUUUGUAAACUUAGGUUAUAUUUGGAAAAAAAUAAAAGAAAUGUACAACAAACGAAAUGUAUACGAUCGUUUAUUUCAGUCAAACAAGACUAUGAUUAGAUUUCACUUGUGACGUCAUAGUGUUGCUCGUUGUCAUCAUAAUAGCAAAGGCCAUUUAGAACGUCAUUGUUAAUUACUAGUAUUGCGUAUGAGUGUUCCGUAUGGGAAACAUGCGUAGAAAUGUGAGACACAAGGGUUACAUUGAUGGUAAUAGUGGUACCAGAGUGUAUUGAUGUUGUUACCACUGUCACUGACCAUAGUGAGUAACAAUCGAAAUACAAUGUGUGUGUACAAUCUGAGCAAACAUUCACAAAUACAAAAUAAUGUUCCUGUUUUAUCGUCCUCUCCUCUCAAUCUAAUAUGUUAUAUCUUAAACUGUUUGUAUUUUAAUGAAUAUUAAAGAUGUAUUAAUUUGCAACAAG